CUUUUUUUCCCCUGUCCAUUUCGUCGCCAUACGCAUAUGCGCCGCCGUGGCUGCAAUCCUGCUGCUCCCCCGCUCCUACUCUACUCGAAAAAACAAAUUGUGAGGGGACAAAUUUUUUAGGCCAGAGAAAAACUAGUUAGGAUUUCUCCCCCCGGAAGGCUCUAGAGGCCAGCAGCAAACCCUGAGGGGUGGAGCGAACGAGCACUUUCGUCCUCUUGCUACGCGCGGAUACGUCUCGAAGCUUCCCGCGGAUUCGUUUUCCCGGCGGCGGAAACAUAGCGGAUUGAGAAGGCGGCGGAAGUUUCAGCUUCUUCGCGGUUUGAUCCAACCCAAAUCGUUUGGAUUUGGCAAGGAUUAAUCAACCACUGGGGAUCAUCAGUUGAAUAUGAUAUCAAAUCCGUUGAAUUUGUACAGUUUCGGGCCCGGAUAGAAGUUGUAGUGAUGCCAGAUUGGAAGGUGGGCGAGUUUGAGGGUAAAUUCAAGGAUGAGUUUGUACAGAAUAACAACCGCGAACAAGACGAUGAAGUUGGGCUUCUGAAUAUCUCCAAUAAAAAAUUGAAGCAUGGGGUUGGGGUUGCCAGUGAAAACAACAAGGGGGGUGUCAUGUCUGGUGCAAAUAAUUCAGAUCCACAGAAAUGUAACUCAGAGCGCAUCCAUUCUACCAAUGUGAUAGGUCCCCAGGGUAUCAACAGUGCUGAUGAUCGUGCUGGAGACUGCAAAGCUGAAUCAAGUGCUUUUCCCUUGAGCACAGAAGAUACUAUAUCUGGAACCAGAUACCAAACAGAAAACUGGAACAGUUGUCAGUUUGCACUGACCAAUGGUUCAGCUGUUCUCAAUAAUCACAGUGUUCCACAAAGUGACAUCAGUUAUGGAGAUAAUGAUCUAUUCAUUGACUGGCCUAGCAUUGUUAAUUUCGAGGAUGUUGAUACCUUAUUCAGGAGGUGUGAUUCCACUUAUGGUGAACAACAACUGGAGAACACUGAUGAGCUGUCAUGGAUACCUUCUUCAGAUGCCAUUUACUCUUCUGAUGUUGCUCUGCAGGCAGGGUUUGACUCUUCUUAUUCAGACUAUGGUAUUCUGGAUGACCUGUCAGCAUUCCACUGUGAACAAGAUAAAUCCCUGCCAACAGCUGACCCCUCAGCUGUUGUAUGCGACGAGCAAUUCAAUGGCAACUAUCCAUUCAAUGAGCAAAAUAACAUUAAUGUAUAUGGAGGACAGGCUUACCAAGAGGAUGCAAUGGACUUGUUGUCCGCUGGCCAGAUAUGCAAUGGAGAUCGAAACAUUGACAUGAUUGAAGAGCGACAUUCAUCUGAAAAUUCCAUGCAACAGCUUGAGGACAGGAAGUUUUCUGUAGCUUCAGGAUCUCAAUUAAGCUCUUCUCAGAAAUUACUAAAGCACAUGCAGCACUCAGAUUCAACUUCGGCAAGUAACAUCACUUCUGAGUCCUAUCCAGCAAGAAACUACCAGUUCAGUCCAUCUGAAGCUUCUUUUGCACAGAGGAACUUGAACGUGCAGAAGAAAGUGGCCAAUUUACAACCAGGACAGUCUAUAAAUGAUACAGAACAUCCUGGUCAUCAAAUAUUGGCAAAAAGAGCUUCAUUUGCUUGUGAGAACUAUGACGUUAAAAAGAAGGGCUUAGGAAAAAGAAAUAUGGGGGAUCGACAGGUUCCCCUGGGUACAUCAAUGGUGGUGGAUGGCUCUUUCUUGUCGUCUGUUUCUUCUGAUAACUCAGUUGAAGAAAACAGCUUUCGACAACUUCAGGAUGCAGUUGGUCAGUUGGAUGUGAAAACCAAACUGUGCAUUAGAGAUGGUUUAUACCGCCUGGCGAGAAGUGCACAAAACAGACCUGUUUUUUCAAAUGCGACUGACAGCCACGGAGAUAGCCAGGAUACAAAGGAUACACAAAAUGCAGAAGCUUUGGGCAAGUUUGUUGAUUGUAGGAGGAUUGAGACGCAGACAAAUCCAAUUGAUCGGUCUAUAGCUCUUCUGCUUUUCCAUCAGCCAUCAGACCAAGUGGCUGGAGAUGUUGAAGAUCCUUGUCACUAAAUUCUCAUGUUCGCAGAUGUCCCCUUUUUCUCAGUGAUACAAAUUCAUUUGCUACUACCACACUUAACAUGGUGACCAUCAUGAGCAAUUUGCACCUUGCAGAACAACAAUCACCAAACCUCUUCUAUGCAGUAUGGUGAAAAUUACUGAAGAUGGUUGGUGGAGAAUCAAGAUCGGAAUUGUUCAUAUAGGGUAGUCAUCGCUAUAAUCUGGUUAAGCAGUUCCGUUGCCAUCAAGCGUAGUGUGUACCGUCAGUCGUUGGUCAGUUACAAGCAAGAAAUAUGUAACCAUUGACUAGUUAGCUUUGACAUGUGAAUUUGUUCGUGAAGGUGACUGUUCUGUUCGUUCUGGCUAACAUUUCGUGUAAUCUGAAGAUAGAAUUGACACUGAUUUGUAUAUUUAAAAGACUAUUUUGUGUAAUCCCCACGCGCGCACGAUCAAUAGAGCUAUGCAGGAAAUUCCUUUUGGGACUCA